UUGAAACAGCUGAAAGAAAUAAGUACUUUUUGAGACGCAAAAACCAUGACCACCAAGCAGACAGAAAUGCUAAAUAAAAUCUGCAUUGAUAAAAAUUUUACGGAUUGCACAAUUAUCGUGGAUUCCAUAAAAUUCGAGUGCCACAAAAUUAUUUUGUCCACUGGCUCGGAGUUCUUUCAGCGCAUGUUCUUGGGCGAUUUUAAGGAGUCAUCAUCUUCAGAGGUUCACUUACAGGACGUGUCGCCUUUAAUUUUUAAGAUAUUUCGUGAAUACAUUUACACGUACGAUAGCACCGUUCUUGAAACAUAUGAUAUGCAAACUCUGAUCAGUUUGUUUAAAUGCGGACACAUGUGGCUGGUACCGUCCAUAAUCAGCGACUGUGCGAAAAUCUUGGUUAAGCGAGCAGAAAACAUGACUCCUCCAGAUAUGACAGUCUUUUUUGAAUUAGGUCAUAGCUACGGCAAUGAAAUACUUACUUGGGGAAUAAAACAAAUACUUUACCGCGAUUUUAAAAAAAUGAAACAUGGAAUUUUUGAAAAAUCGUAUUAUCCAAUAACUAAUAAUAAUAAUAGUGCUCUUAUGUUGAAAUAUGAUGUUUUCGUAAAUCUUAUUUCAAGGAACAACGAACAUGAUCGUAAAUGUAUGACUGAAAAGUACUUGGAAUUUAAUCAAUUUCGAGGAGAUAUACCUGAGUACUCAAUCGGUAAAUUAGAAAAGACUCAAGAUAUAAAAAAUUCCGACUGAAAGUUAAUCCGCAGUAAAGCAAACUCAAAAAAUGAU